GGCGGUCGCACGCCGCGCCAUGACCGAUAACGAAUCCAACUCCGAAACUUACUUCGACGACUAUAAUAACACUGAUGUCUUACUAAAUCAAACACUCGCUGAACAAGUCACCAGUGCAGUUAUUUUCUAUUAUACACCUCUCUUAAUAGCCCUUGGAACUAUUGGAAAUUUAGUAUCAGUUUUUGUCUUUUACAGUAGCAAAUUACGCCUGCAGUCAACCAGUCAGUACUUAUCUGCACUUGCAAUAUCUGAUACUAUUUUUUUAUUUCAAUUACUACCGCCGUGGUUAAAUGCUGUACAAUUGACAGACUUAUUCAAUCGUAAAGGGUUUUGUCAAAUAUUUGUGUACGUUACUUAUGUGACCUGUUGCCUGAGUGCGUGGUUGGUGGUGGCCUUCACUGUGGAACGUUUUGUGGCAGUGCUGUAUCCGCUGCAACGCAAUGCCAUCUGCACGGUGACCAGAGCGAGGCACAUCAUCUGUAGCAUCGUGAUAGCUGCUUUGCUUUUGAAUGUACCCGUGCUUCGAUUUGCUAAGGCAACCAAACAUGACUGCAGUAUUGACUACGAUUACAUGGAUUACGCGGCAAGAUUCAAUCUGGUGGACACGAUUGUAACAUUCUCGGCCCCGCUGAUCGUGAUAAUAAUAAUGAAUACUUGGAUAAUGAUUGGAGUGUACCGGCUGGAGCGGGCGCGGCACCAGCUCAUGAAGGCGGAGCAGCCGCAGCCGCUGGCGGGGCAGCGCGGCCGCCCGGCGCGCCUUCUCGGCUGCCCGCCCUCGCAGCAGCGCGUCACCAGGAUGCUGCUUAUCGUUUCCUCCGUCUUUGUCGUCUUAAAUAUGCCCGCCUACACUAUGCGCAUGCUUGCAUACGCUUACGACAUGACUAGUGGAGAAAAUAGCGGUAGGUGGGCGGCUCUGCAACAAGUGGCUACAAUGUUCUUCGACACCAACUUUGGCAUUAACUUCAUCCUCUACUGCCUGAGCGGGCAGAACUUCAGACGGGCGCUGCGGCAGACCCUGCCGUGGCUGCGGCGGAGAGCGCGCCGGGGCGUGGCCGUGCGCCGCGCCGCCUCCUGCCACCCCGCCAGGGCCAGCAGUGUAUCCACGUCAUUUGUUAGCAACUGCACGGAGGCUACAACUAAUUGCCCGGUGGCGGUGUCAACGCCGAGCACGCGGCGCCGGCGGCGUGAGCCGUUCAUUACCAGGUGGACGUUCGACAACAGUCGCCAGCGGCACCAGCCGCCCGUUGACCACUUCGAGAUGCGAGCUUUCCCUGCAGCUACGUAAAUCCAAAUUACAAAUCAAGGUAUCUAUCUAAGUAAACCCUCCGUAAUUAACAGAACAUUAACCACGAAUGUUUCCAAUUUGCACUACAUACAUUUGACUGCUGUAAAUGAUUUUAAUUUAUUGAAUUCACUGAACUCAAUGACAUUAAGCGGUAUUAAUUAAUUAUAAUUUUGAAAGGAUUGAAAAUCGAUUUAGAGUUAUUAAUUUCGAAUUUCAGGAGCUUUUUAUAAUACAUAGGUAUUAGAAGCAUAGUGAAAAUUGGUUAAAUGUGUAUUGUGUAACUAUUAACUUUUUGGUCAAAAACAACCUCUAAUUGAGAAAAAUAUGCUUAAUUAAUUAAUUAAUUAAUACAAUAAGUACACGUAAUUAACUUACAUCCUACUCAAAUAUUUUGAUGGUAUAUUUCUUAAAUUUCCUUUACACAGCACAUUUGCUUUACUUAAAUGUAUCGAUCGCAAUGAACCAAUUUCCCUAUUCUCUCUCAUUUAAGAGAAAAAACGAAAAUGAAAAAGAUGGCGCGCGUGUCGACCCACGCCCUAAUGUAGAUGGAGAUUAUCCAUAUCUAAUAGCUACGUACCAAAUAACAUAUUUCCUCGGAAUCACAACUCUUUUUAAGUAGAUAUGUGCGUCCGCAUGUUUAAUCAAUCAUUUUUUAUACUUUGUGUACUAUAUACAUUUUUAUACUAUAUAUUUCACAUAGUCCAGAAGUAAACAAGGUACAUGUCUAACUACAGGUCUAACACAUAUUCUACAGUUUUACAGAAAAAGAUAUCCAUAACGUAUGCAAUUUUAUUAUAAGAACAAAUAACUUAUUGUAGUCAUUAAUAAAUAAUUCUAGUCGUAUAACCAAAUCACUAGAAAAUAUGUAUUGUAAAUAUAAUGUGGUUUAUUUUGAAUGAUGAAUCUUACGGUAAUUAACUUGGUCCCAACCGCCCCCGCGCCUUAGCCCGCGAUGUGGGGGAAAACUCCAUUAAGAUUUCGCUUGGCAUGAAUUGAAAAAGUAAACCCAAAUAUUUGAAGUAUGUCAAUUUCGUUAACAGAUAAUCCAGUUAGUACUAACUGCACGAAGUCUCGCAUAAUUGGAUUGCUUUAAUGUUUAUUUCAAACAUCGAAGAUGUGUGAUCAUUGUUUUUUAAUAAACUUUACUCUUUCAUGUUUUAUGUAUUGUGUGCCCAAAUAUUGUCCAAGCCCUUUCAUCAUGCCAAGCCUUGCCUUUUUUCGAAUAGUAUAUAGAGUAUCUCCUUAUGUCGAAAAUUGUAAUAAAACUUAUCUGUAUUUGUAAGUUAACUUGUCAAUAUCUCAUGAAUGUAAUACGUGUAUUUUAGCUAUUAGAAGUAGUAAAC